AUGAAGCACGGGUGGAAAUGUAUUACCUGCGGCGGAGACGGUGGUGGAGGACGGGUGCCUGCGGUGGUUGAGCACUGGAGGAGGCGACAGCGCCGGAUCUACGGUGAAGGUGGGGGUGGAGGACGGGAGGUGGUGACGGCGCUCAAUCUACGGCUGAGCACCGGCGGCGGCGGGGGAGGGGCUGGAGCGACGGCGGAACAUGGACCACGGUCGGUGGCGGGGGCGACAGCGCCCGAUCUGCGGCUGAGCACCGGCGGUGGCGGGGGAGGAGUUGGAGCGGCGGCGGAAGGUGGUGGAGGACGGGUGCCUGCGGUGGUUGAGCACGGGAGGAGGCGGUAG